GUCCCAAGCAGUAGUGCUUUCCAAGGGCCAGAAGUCAGAACCACCUUGGCAGGCUCGGUGAGAUGCCAGUCUCGAGUGUUGCCCGCGGCGCGUGUUUUUGUAAACAAACUAUUUGUUGAAAAAAUCGUGGAUUUCGUUAAGAAAAACCAAAACAAAAAAAGUCGAGCCAUGUUUUCAAGCGUUCUUUAACGGCCUCGGCUAUUUCCCAAGUUGCAGCUUCGUCGACAAUGUAAUGCCUUCAAGUCAACAAAAUCUCAAUUGUAUCUGGAAAAGAACGAAAAAUCCCCGUCCACCGAGAUGACACGCCUCCUCUCUCCUGUUUUACUAUGGGGAUUAGUAUGUUUCAUAAGUCACCGCGUUGGAGGGAACACAGACCAGAGAGAGGGCUUUUUUAAUAAAACUUCAUUUGUAAAUUUACAUCAGCCGAUUAUUUUAAAUAAACACAUAGGAUUGAGUUUUCGAAGCUGUGCUGGUGGUGAACUUUUUACUCAAAAGGGGAGUAGUUAUUCUAUUACACUAGAAGUAAGAGUCGAAGGGCUGUUUUUCAAGAUAGACAUUGGCGGUAAGAGGUCAGAGACUCGAAUUAGUGCCAACCUGUUGGACAACGAAUGGCACACCGUCAACAUCCUUUAUCGCAUGAGCAAUUUAACAAUAUCAACGUCGGGUCAUAAACAGGUCAUUGCAAACAACACAUUAAACCCAGAGGUACUCACUCAGCCAGACCUCUUCUCAGAACAGGAUUUGCUUCAAGUUGGUAACAAAUUCGAUGGAUGCAUUCUCGAAGGGCCUAGCAUCGUUUUCAGCAGCGGUAACCAUCAUAAUUCCCACAAUGUAGAGUGGGGACCAUGCCCUCUACCAACAACACCAUGUCGACUUGUGGAACACUGUGCCAACGAACCAUGCAUGAUGCAUGGGCGAUGCAUUACUUUGCCUGAUCGCUACUAUUGCCAAUGUGCUCCGAGGUACUCAGGCAACAUCUGCCAAAUCGAUAACGGUCCGUUGUGUAAUAAGCUUCCCUGUAAGAAUGGAGCGACCUGCCAUGAUAAUAAAGGGGAUUAUGUUUGCAAUUGUCCAGCAGGCUUUGCUGGAAAAGAUUGCGAUGUUAAUAUCAACACCCAGAUUUGUGAAAAUAAUUUACCAUGUCAAAAUAAUGGCACGUGCAUAACUGUUGGUGGAGACCUUGGUUAUAAAUGUCAUUGUCAAGAUGGUUUUGAAGGAAGAGACUGUGAAAUCAAUAAAAACGAAUGUUUGUCCAACCCUUGUCAACAUGGCGGGACUUGUCAAGAUGGCGUGAAUAGUUUCUCGUGCCUUUGUGGUAGAACAGGCUAUACUGGGGUAAGAUGUGAAAUAAACAUUAACGAGUGUGAAAAUAAUCCUUGCCUUAACAACGGCGUUUGUUUUGAUAAUUAUGGAGGAUAUACGUGCCAAUGCACGACUGGGUUUGGUGGCCAAAAUUGUGAACAGAAAUUAAGCGGGUGUGCUUCUUCGCCUUGUAACUCAAAUUCCAUCUGUGUUGAUACGAGUGUCAAUACGUACGAAUGUACAUGUAAGCCUGGUUUUACCGGUAUUGAUCCAAAUUGUACCCAAAUUGAUACUUGUUCACAUAAACCUUGUUCAAAUGGAGCUACAUGCAAUGUAAUGGCUGAUGGUGGUUUUGCUUGUAUUUGCCUUCCGGGUUUUACAGGUCCGAAUUGUGAAGUAAAUAUUGAUGAGUGUGAAUCAUCACCGUGUAAGAAUGGGGGGACAUGUUUCGAUGGAGCAAAUGGCUAUCUUUGUAAUUGCACUUCCGAUUUUAUGGGUCCAAAUUGCGAGCAAAGAUUUGACGCUUGUGCUCAAAAACCUUGUCUCAACAAUGGUACAUGCUACGCUCAUGAUGUAAAAGACUACUAUUGCGAAUGCAUUCCAGGAUUUGAAGGUCUCCAUUGUGAACACAACAUUGACGAUUGCGCAAAUAGAAAAUUGUGCGCUGAUGAUAAAGUCUGUGUGGAUGGUAUCAACUCGUACGAAUGCAGGUGCAAAAAUGGUCUUUCGGGGCCUGAUUGUAAAAUUGCGGUGCCACAUUGCAAUUCAGCGCCGUGCAAAAAUGGAGCGACUUGCACAGAAGACGAACACGGCUACAAUUGUAUUUGCCCUCCUGGAUUUUCUGGACAAAAUUGUGAAACAGACAUUGAUGAGUGUAAGACUAUUCCACAUCUAUGCAAAAAUGGAAUAUGUAUCAAUAAAGAAGGACGAUAUCAGUGUUUCUGUACACCUGGUUUCUCCGGCGACCACUGCGAGGUGGAUUUCGAUGAAUGCCUUUCCCACCCGUGUCAGAACGGAGCGCGAUGUGAAAAUCUUAUAAACAAAUACCAAUGCAGCUGUACGCCCGGUUUCACAGGCGUUGACUGCAGCAUCGACAUAGACGAAUGUGAAUCGAAUCCGUGUUCUAACGGUUCGAGCUGCAUAAACGAAGUAGCUACGUUUUCAUGCGUUUGCCCUCCAGGGCUGACAGGAAGAUAUUGCCAAGAAGAUAUUGAUGACUGCAAACCUAAUCCAUGUCAAAACAAUGGCCAGUGCAUUGACGGAUUGAACACUUACACAUGCAAUUGUGAAAAUACUGGCUAUGAAGGAAAACAUUGUGAAUACAAUAUUGACGAGUGUGCAAACAAUAAUUGUACAAAUGGCGCUAAUUGCACUGAUUUAGUUAAUAAUUACGAGUGCCUUUGUUUUCCAGGAUAUGAAGGUAAAAAUUGUGAGCUCGAUAUCAAAGAGUGUAAUAGUAAUCCUUGUAAGCACAACGGCACUUGUUACGAAAAAUCGGAUCCAUCUUAUUACUUACCUAAUCCAGACCAACCAGAAGAUACAAAUAGUCCUGUUAUUUUCAACAAGUUGUUCAGUUUUGAAGAUGCCGCUGGGUAUGAAUGUAAAUGUAUUGACGGAAUCACAGGAUCUAAUUGUGAAAUUGACAUAAACGAGUGUGAAAGCUCUCCUUGCGAACAUGGUAUGUGCCAGGACGGAAUUGCCAGUUUUACUUGUGAGUGUGAAGCAGGAUAUGAAGGGACAUACUGUAAAACGGAAAUUGACGAGUGCCAGAAAUACAGCCCUUGUGUUUACGGCAUUUGUCAUGACAAAGUCGCAGAUUAUUUUUGCGAAUGUGAUAGCAAGUACGGUGGAAAGAAUUGUUCCGUCGAGUUAACAGGCUGUUUAGAAAAUCAGUGCCAAAAUAAUGGGACGUGUAAACCUUAUCUGGACGAUGACAAUGUUCAUAAGUUCAACUGUUCGUGUACAAACGGUUUCCAAGGGCCGACAUGUGAAAAGGAGACAACUAUGUCCCUCAAUGGCUCGUCUUACGCUAUGGUAAACACGACAAGGGAAGAAGGCUAUGACAUUCAGUUUAGAUUCAAAACUACUCUGAGUAAUGGACUUCUUGCCAUAGGAAAAGGCUCUACGUAUUAUAUUUUAGAGUUGGCCCAAGGCCGUCUCAAUCUCCGUUCGAGCAUUUUGAAUAAAUGGGAAGGCGUUUUCAUUGGAUCUGCCUUAAAUGAUAGCAAAUGGCAAAAAGUAUUUGUAGCAAUAAAUUCAUCCCACUUGGUGCUAGCAGCAAAUGAAGAACAGACAAUAUAUCCCAUAUUGCCUAUCAAUCUUAAUGAAGGAUCUAAUACAUCGCACACUAGUUUUCCGACAACGUAUUUAGGUGGAGCGAUAUCAUAUUUAAGAAGGCUGACACAUGGGCCUUCGUUCUACGUUGGAUGUGUGCAGGAUGUAAUGAUAAAUGGAAAUUGGGUCCUUCCUCAAGAUGUGGGCACUCAACCAAUAUCAUUUGUCGGUGUUGAAGUGGGGUGCAAACGUGAGCCUCAGUGUAAUCCUAAUCCAUGUCAUAGUGGAGGCCAUUGCACAGAUUUGUGGAGAAAUUUCAGCUGCACGUGUGAGAGGCCUUAUCUCGGAAGAACUUGCCAACACAAUUUGACGGCAGCAACGUUCGGGCAUGAAAACAUAACAGAGAGUGUUGUUCACGUCAUUGUUGACCAGGCUGCACGUAGAGCGGUCAGAAGUAUCAUGGACAUUUCAAUGUUUAUACGGACAAGGGAACCAUCCGGAGGGAUUUUCUAUCUUGGCUCUCAACCCAAUUCUACAGUGUACAAUGACGAAACAGUAAUAGCAGCAAAAUUAUAUGGAGGCGAAUUAAAAGUUAGCUUCCAAUUUAAUGGAAAUGUGGAAUCUUAUGGCGUUGAUGGUGUGCGCUUGGACAACGGAUUUAACCAUCUUAUUCAAGUUGUAAGAAAUAUUACAUUAGUCCAAGUUAAAAUCAAUGGAACAGAAUACUUUAGAAAGACCAUCAGUGCUACUGGGCAAUUGGAUUUACAAUAUCUCAUGCUUGGAGCAGUUUUUGGAAAUGGUAGUGAAGUUAGAAAUUUCAAAGGUGUAAUUCAGGAUGUAGAAAUGAACAAUGGUUCAAGAGUUAUGGUUGUUGAAUUUUUCCCAUUGAACGUUGAAGAUCUUAUUAUACCUCCUAAGCUUGGUCAAGUCCUUUUUAACAACUCACUUGUCCUGGAGGGCGUAGUCAGUGACAAUUCGUGCGUUGAUGAUCCUUGCAUGCACGGUGGGAUAUGUACUGUAACCUGGAAUGACUUCAGUUGUGCUUGUACUGUGGGCCACAAAGGGAAACAGUGUGAGGAGAUGGAGUUCUGUCAGGUUCAAGACUGUCCUGCGGGAAGCGAAUGCAGGAACCUCGAUCACGGAUACGAAUGCGUAGCUAAUAUUACGAUUCACAAACCAGAUGUGAUGGCACCCGGAUUGCAAUAUAAAUUUGUGCGUGGUGAACAGAAUACCAUGCUGAAUGAAAUUUCUUUCGCGUACAGGAGUAAAUCCGGAGGGAAAAUUUUACAAGUCGGCCCCGAUCACAAUGGAAAUCGUUUUAUAGUCACUGUCUACAAAGACCAGCUCACCGUCUCUUGGAAUUUAAAUGGACUGGAAGAUGUUAAAACUAUAUCAAAAGACCAGAGGGACGGUGACUGGACAAAUGUCUGGUUAAAGAUGCAUGACAAUACAAUCACAGGAGGUCUUUUCGGUGCUUCGGAAGACACACCACAAUACUUCACAUCUAACUUUUCUCAAACAGCUUGGGAAACAUUUGUUUCAAUGGCCAAUAUCACUAUCGGUGGAAUGAGGGGCAUAGAUGCUGAGGUAGAUGACAGACACACUUAUACAACAGGAGAAGGAGGAUACACAAAUCCUGUAGAUAUUAUUCACGAACAACAAACUCCACCCACUUCCACUGAAAAAGGGUUUUACGAAGGUUGUAUUGGCGAAGUUCGCUUUGGAAAUCUUCUCCUGCCAUACUUCACCCCUCAAGCUCUCAAUUCAUCCAAUAUCACAUCGAAAGAUCACUUUGAGCUUCUCCCAGGGAGUUCGAUCGGACAAGAAUUGGGUUGUUUGCUGUGUUUUGAUCAAGAAUGCCAUCACGGUGGAAAAUGUACAAAUUCAACCCUUUUCUACACUUGCACAUGCCCCCCUGGGUAUGAUGGAGACGCAUGUGAAAACGAUAUUGAUGAAUGUAAAGAAAACGACUGUAAAAACAACUCGACCUGUAAAGAUGGUCAGGCAACAUACACAUGUGACUGCAUGCCUGGCUGGCAAGGCCCACUAUGUGAUAUUGAAAUCGACGAGUGCAGCACAAAACCGUGUCAAAACGGAGGUACUUGCAUAGAUCGCCUUGGUUUCUUCAUAUGCGAAUGCCCUGAAGAGUUUAUUGGCACAAUGUGUGAACAGCUUAAGCUCGUCACUUGUGACAGUGUACCUUGCAAGAAUGAUGCUGUUUGUCGUGAUGUCAUGAAUCCAGCGACGAACGACAACUUUACUUGCGACUGUCAAGACGGUUUUCUCGGGGUUUAUUGUGAAUACGCUUUCUGCGAGAAGAAGCCUUGCGAAAACGGCGGUAUUUGCAGGAAGGAUGGCAUGAAACCGUUUUGCGAAUGCCUGCCUGGUUUUACUGGAAAAAAUUGCGAAACUGACAUCAACGAGUGUGACAGUAAUCCUUGCGAGCAUAACGGCCUUUGUAAGGACUUUACGGCGUCUUUCAUCUGCAACUGCACCGGGACAGGAUUCACUGGAUCGACGUGCAAUAUCGACAUCGACGAAUGCGAAAUAGAUGAUAUUUGCCCAGCUAACAGCCAAUGCUUAAACACAAUGGGCAGCUUCUUCUGCAACUGUUUUUCAGAAUUUUGUGGACCCAAUUGCUCUUUGCCCAAUCCUUGUAUGCAAGAAAGAUGUGCAAAUGGUGGUUCGUGUGUUCCACAAUGUUUGGAGAAGGCUGACUAUAUUUGUGAAUGUAGCCAUCCUUACACUGGUAAAAACUGCACAGAGGUGAUGCAGUUUGGAAGCGGUAGGGUCGCAGAUAUUGCGCUCAUAGUCGUGCCUAUACUCACAAUCCUCAUAGUCGCCGGUUUGAUUUCUCUCUCCGUUUUCCUAAUGAUGGCGAGGAAAAAACGAGCGACACGAGGAACGUACUCGCCUAGUUCGCAAGAGUAUUGCAACCCACGAGUGGAACUCGAUAACGUUAUGAAACCGCCACCUGAAGAAAGACUAAUAUAAUUGUGAUUUUUCCCCUCACUUAAUCGGAUGUGAAAUUUGUACAAAAUUCCUUUUAUUUUCACCAAUUCUAUUACCAAAGGUUACAUCUUAGUAGAAAGAAAUGUUUUUAGUAAUUUAAGUAAUAUACAAAAAGUCAAUAAUUAGAUUGGUAGGUUUGAAAAUUUCAAUCUAGAAAAAUCGAGUAAAAGGAGUGUGUUGUUUAUUGUACAGUGCCUUAAGUGAAUUUGUCUUUCUAUAAAUGUACAUUUCGUGGGGGUAAAAUUGGGUGAAUCGAUUCGAUAGACACUCGUGCCUGUUUCUUGGGACCUUAAAUAAAUAUGUGUGCCUAUUGAUUAUAAAUUUUAUUUAUUUAUUUUGAUCUCAAGCCAAUCAAUUAUUUAAAUCCCGCAUUAAUGUUUCGAUCUGAUAAUUUUAUAUUAACUACAAUUUUAUUACUUAAUAUUUCUUUUAUUUGUAGAUAAUUUUCUUAUUUGUAAAUAUUUGUUAAUUUUUGUAAUUAUUAAAAAAAUUAGGUUUUAUUAAUUAUGUACUUUGUAAUUGAUAUAAUGCAUUACAUGACUGUAUUACAAACUUAACUCCGUCCAGUUUAAACAAUAUAUAUUUUCUACACAAAUAUUUGUCAACAAUUUUGUGAAAUAAACAUUUGAAUUAUUA